GAGUAGAGUACUGGACAAUUAAUCAAAUUAUAAUGUGUAAUUAAAGUGUAGCCAUUGAAUGUACCAUCCCCCUCUACACCUCUCCUAUGGUAACUUCUUCCAUACCGACAGAACAAGAUUGGCAGAGUCCAGCCAGUCUUCCUGCAUAUGACUCACUCCCGCAUCGUCAUUAUGACUUCAACUCGAUCAUGUCUAACGCAAAGUCCACUGCUGAGACUGGAACCGAUUUCUAUGACCGCGGUCUGACAACUCGCAAAUAUGCUCUUGCUGGAGUGGCAUGCUCCAGUAUCGUCAGCUGCUGUUGCAUCACUGCAGGCACUGUCGUUAUGUCCACUUGUGGAAUUUCGGGUGGGGUUUGGCUGGCAGGAAAUGCCACCGCCGUCCCUUCCUAUCUGCAGUCAGAGAUGUUGGUCCUGACACUAAACUUAAUCAUCACAUUAUGUACGGAGUCCAUAGGCUUCAUACACAGCAUCUCGUUACGCUCUGCACUAGCCUCUGAGUCCCGACUCAGUUUCAACACUAAUCUGCGCCUGAUGACCGCAGCUCGUGGAUGGCGCGACCCUAACGGCACCCUCCUUAAUGCUCUCAUGGCCGUCCUCCUCAUUAUAUCCUACGGCUCAGCCACACUCGCCGCAUCUUUGUUUAGCAUCAUAGGGUUUCCUUUCCUCAUUUUGGGGAUCGCACUUUUUCUUCAGGUGGCGAUCGCAUUGGCAGGGAUGCGAUCUGUCAAAACAUUGACGUGGAGCUACUCACCUUUCGAUGUCACCGCUGCUCUGGUUCACCACACGCAAUUGACACCAUCUUCUUUCCGGUGCAUGCGUGGCGUGUCCGAGUCCGACCGGGACAUCAUCGGAGGUCCAGCAAAGCCGUCGGAGGUGCAGCCCUCGGCGUGGCAUGCUCACUCCAGCAUCCGGAAAGUUGUGGUUUUUCUUUGGGGGCUCGUUUUAGCAUGCGCUGGAUGGGCCGUACUCAUCGUGUACAAACACAACCAGGACGAACCCUGGAAAUCGUGGUCAUUGCUCCCUGAUUCUUCUUAUGACCUUUACUACUUUUUGGGCGUUCAAGCUCAAUUCGCCGAUAUCAAAGCCAUCAGUGUUCAGACGUGGAUUCUGGCCUUUGUCAACAUCGCAGCUGUGCAAGGACCAUUGACAAUUGGCCUACACUGCUCCGAGCUCAUCGCAAAUGUCAUUCAAAAUGAAAGGCAAUGGAGAUGUGCUACAACAAGGAAUGGACUCCGCACAGUGACAAACCCGCUGAAGGCCUUUCUCGCCAAUCCCCUCGGUCUUUUCCUUUUCGUCCUGAAACAUGUGCUACACUGGAUGUUUGGGCUGUCAUUCUCGUUCGCUCCUGGUGGGAUGACCCAUGGCAACAAAAUAGUAAUUGUGCAAUACACUGCAAUAAUGAAUGUAUACCAGAUUAUGAACUUAUGUAUAGCGCUGUGUAUAUUUGCCUGUGUCUUCACUCUCCUUGCACUGCGCCGACCAUGCGGCCCCCAGCCAGCUACAUACGGGCACCUCCAGACGCUCGCCAACCUCGUGGAUGAGUGGUCGCCUGUGAUGUGGUGGGGUCACAAAGAGGACGGAAUCCCAUAUUGUCACGCGGGGACGAGCAGUCAUCUGCUGCCGGAUGUAGAGAUGGACUGUGUGUAUGCUGGUUCUGGCGUUGUGUCCCAUUCACCCAACCAGGGAGAAGCACCCGUGCUUGAAAAGCCACACCAUCGAACGAGACAUUCAUGCCGUCUGCCGCAUAGGUAGCUCUGCAGUGUGUCAUAAUAUUGGGCACACAGUACCCUUUCCAGCUGUUAUGAUUUUUGCCUCGACUAUUAUACUUGGGACUGAUCUACAUACUCGGUUGAUAGUCAAUGUUUUCGGAUACCAUGCCUCAGAUGUUUCCAAUUUUGUAGAAAUGCUGCUUCUGUUCAGAG